AUGAAGUACUUCAUUUUCUUCACCCUCUUUGCUGCAACAUAUGCUGCUCCCACUGAGAAUAACAAGAUUGUUGGAGGCUAUGAGUGCAGGAAGAACUCUGUGCCCUACCAGGUCUUUGUGGUGGCUGGCUACCGUUUCUGUGGAGGCGCCCUGAUCUCCAGGACCUGGGUGGUGACUGCUGCUGAGUGCUACAAAACUACUAUCCAGGUGCGUCUUGGGGAGCACGACAUUGCUACCAAUGAGGGCACAGAACGGUUCAUCGAUGCUGCUUAUGUCGUCCGUCACCCCGACUACUUCCGGGACGCCGACAUCAUGCUGAUCAAGCUCAGCCAACCUGUCACCCUCAACAACUACAUUCGCACCGUGUCCCUGCCCUCCAGCUGUGCCGUCGCCGGCACCCGCUGUCUGAUCUCUGGAUGGGGCUCUGAAGACAACACCCCUAAUCUUCUAAGGUGUCAGGAUACCCCCAUCCUGAGCGACAGAAGCUGCAGUUCCUUCUACCCUGGACAGAUC